UCACGCUCACAAAAACAGAGCUUCUCUCUCUCGACAAACAUAUCUGCAACUUCGUCUCUCGCGCCAUUGCCGGCGGAAAAAAGCUCCUGUUUUGACGACCAACCACUUCGCCGCCAUGCUCAGACUCCUCAACAAGAGACUCCAGCGGCUCUGCUCUCGUUUCCGGUGGUCGAUUAGCCGCCGGUCCAAGCCAAGAAUCGUCAUCAAACCACUCGGAAAAGCCUCUGCAAAAUCCCAUCUUUCCUCCAAGAACGACCCGAUCGUUAAUGGGUCUGCAACUGUUCAUCCGAAUGACUACACGGGGGGGCUGAAUUCCGAGAAGAAAAUACGUUUGGCAACUUUUAAUGCUGCCCUGUUUUCCAUGGCUCCGGCGGUGCCGAAAGCAGAGGAAGCUUCCAGUUUCGUCUAUGAAAGAGAAGAUUUUGGGAAAGAUAUCCAGUUCUUCGACUGCGCGAAAUCUCAAAACGGCCGGCCGAAGAGCAUACUGAAGCAAUCUCCGAUGCACCCGAGUACCGGGGAGAAUUUAUCGAGGCAAAAAAUUUUUGCAAAAUCCAAGUUAAGGGUAUCGAUAAAUUUACCGGAUAAUGAGAUAUCCCUGCUUAGAAAUCGACAACAGAGCUUCGACGAGAAGGAGGGAUCCUCCUUUAAUGGCGGUCUGAGCAGAGUUUUGAGGGAACAAGAUGAGUUGAGAGAGAGGUACAGGAGCAGCAGAACUGUGGUUGAGGUGCUGAGGGAAUUGGAUGCUGAUAUACUGGCUUUGCAGGACGUGAAAGCGGAGGAGGAGAAAUCAAUGAAGCCUCUGUCUGAUUUAGCGGCGGCUUUGGGGAUGAAUUAUGUAUUUGCAGAGAGCUGGGCGCCGGAGUACGGCAACGCCGUCUUGUCCAAGUGGCCGAUUAACCGGUGGAAAGUUCAGAAGAUCUUCGAUGAAACUGAUUUCAGAAAUGUUCUGAAGUCCACAAUCGAUAUCCCUCAAAUAGGAGAAGUUGAUUUCUAUUGCACACUUCUCGACCAUUUAGACGAAAAUUGGCGUAUGAAACAAAUAAAUGCCAUAAUUCAGUCAAGUGAUGUUCCUCACAUAUUGGCAGGAGGCCUCAACUCGUUAGAUGAAACGGAUUAUUCUGAUGAGAGAUGGACAGACAUUGUAAAAUACUAUGAGGAGAUGGGAAAGCCAAUGCCAAAGGUCGAAGUGAUGAGAUUUUUGAAAAGUAACCAAUACAUCGACGCAAAGGAUUUCGCUGGAGAAUGCGAGUCAGUUGUUGUCAUUGCCAAAGGCCAAAAUGUUCAAGGAACUUGCAAGUAUGGAACACGAGUAGAUUACAUAUUGACAUCUCCAAAUUGUCCCUAUAAAUUUAUUCCGGGGUCUUAUUCAGUAUGUUCUUCGAAAGGAACUUCUGAUCAUCACAUAGUAAAAGUUGAUUUAACGAAGGCGGAUGAUAAAGGUGAAGACACUCGUGUGAAUGAAAAAACAAAGCAAUUAAAACAAAAAGUUGUAAAGAUAACAAGCUCUUCUCCAUCAAAAGGGUUUGUAUCGGAGGCGAGCAAAAUCGGGGAAGGGAAGGAAAGGGAACGAGGGUAAUUGAGAGAACUAGAAUAAUUCGAUUCUCACGGUAGAUUAUUAGUUUCCUUAGUUAACUUAUUUUUAUUUGGUACAUUGUUUAAAAUAAUAGUUAGUUGUAAUUAGGGAGUAACUCUUGCUCUCUCCUUUUUCCUUCCCUGCCAUUUUCUUCCUCCCAAACACAGCCUUAGAGACAGAGAGAAAGAGAGUAGAUUAUUUGAAAGUCUCCUUCCUGAUGUUCUCUGUAAAAUCAUUUAACUUCAUCACAUGAGUAGUAAAAGAGGAAAAA